AUGGCGACCAAAGGAAACAGCUUGCGAGAUCGCCAGAUCGCGUCGCUGAAAAAGAUUCUCAACCUCAACGAAACGGUCGAGUCGGGCGAGGCCGAAGAAGUCCUCGCAAAUGGCCUCCACGCCCCGGUGGCACCCAUCCUUGACGCCGAUGGCAACCCGAUUUGGAAAGUCCUGGUUUUUGAUGACCUGGGCAGAGACGUCAUUAGCAGUGUGAUGCGUGUGUCCGACCUGCGCUCCAUGGGUGUCACCAUGCACAUGCACAUUGGAACCGUCCGCCACCAAAUUCCCGACGUACCGGUUAUUUACCUGGUAGAACCUUUACCACAAAACAUGCAAGCAAUUACUGCUGAUUUGCAAAAGGGGCUCUAUUCGCCUGCUUAUAUCAACUUGCUUUCGUCAAUGCCGCGCGUCGUUCUGGAAGACUUUGCAACUCAGACUGCCACUGCGGGAACAUCAGAGAACAUCGCCCAGUUGUUUGAUCAGUACCUCAACUUCAUCGUUGCGGAGCCAGAUCUGUUCAGCCUGGGCAUGCAAAAGGAUCACACCUACUGGGCACUGAAUAGCGCCAAGACUAGCGACGAACAAUUAGAAGCUGUUGUUGACAGAAUAGUCAGCGGUCUCUUCAGCGUAAUUGUUACCAUGGGCGUCAUUCCCAUCAUCCGCUGUCCAAAAGGCGCCGCUGCAGAAAUGGUAGCACAGAGGCUCGACCGAAAGCUCCGUGAUCAUAUACUCAACUCCAAAGACAACCUUUUCUCAAGUGCAAAAUCGGCAGCGGCAAGCACACCGCAGUCCCGACCAGUCCUCAUUCUACUCGAUCGCAAUGUUGAUUUGAUCCCGAUGCUCUCGCACUCCUGGACCUAUCAGUCUCUCGUCCAUGAUGUUUUGAAUAUGAAGCUUAACCGCAUCACAAUCGAAACUCCGGUUGAUGAAAACAACCCAGGCAGAGGGACUUCAAAGAAGGCUUACGAUCUCAAUGCUAGCGACUUCUUCUGGGCCAAGAAUGCGCCUGUACCGUUUCCGCAAGUUGCCGAGGAUAUCGAUGCCGAACUCACCAAGUAUAAAGAAGAGACGGCUGCGAUUACAAAGAAAACCGGCGUCUCUAGUCUGGAAGAUUUGCAGAACGAUACCAGCGCCAGCGCUCAACAUCUCAAGGCAGCUAUAACGUUGCUGCCCGAAAUGAGAGAGCGAAAGGGCGUUCUGGACAUGCACAUGAACAUCUUAGCCUCGCUUCUGUCUGGGAUCAAGGACCGUCAGCUAGACAAUUUCUUCCAAGUAGAGGAGAAUGUCAUGAAACAGACCAAGGCUCAGAUCAUGGAAAUCAUCAAAGAUCAAAACAAGGGCAACGACUCCACAGAUAAGCUACGACUGUUUGUCAUCUGGUUUCUCAGUACCGAGCAAGAAGUCGCUCGAGCCGACUUUGAAUCGUUUGAGAAAGCGCUUGCCGAAGCCGGAGCUGAUGUUUCGUCCUUGUCCUACGUUCGACAGGUUCGCGCCACGACAAAAAUGACGCAGCUUACGACAAUUAACAACAAUUCCAAUCAGAAUGCCUCGUCCGAUCUAUUUGGUCGAUUCUCAUCUAUUUCCUCACGCCUCACCGAUCGCUUAAAGGAAACAGGCGUGCCAACCGGCCUUUCAUCCAACUUCGAAUCCCUAAUCAGUGGCGUCAAGAACUUUCUUCCUGCUGACCGAGAUCUCACCAUCACCAAGAUUGUAGAGUCCAUCAUGGAGCCGGCCACCGCCUCCUCCUCGGCGAUUGCCAAGACAGAACACUACUUGUACUUUGAUCCACGGUCUGCCAAUGCUCGAGGUACUAUGCCGCCUCCCAGCACCAUGCGAGCUGGCGGAAAUGCGCCCGGAGGCAUGCCAGGUCAGGCCGGUCCCGGACAGUCCGCAAGCUUUGGUCAAAGGCGACAAGGUUUCAGCGAGGCUGUAGUGUUUACCGUUGGGGGUGGCAGCAUGGAAGAGUACGGUAACUUACAGGAAUGGGUCACGAGAGCCGGUGGCGAAAAGACGAAAAAGAGAGUGGUAUACGGAAGUACUGAGCUGCUUAAUGCCAGGGAAUUUAUAUCAGAGGAGCUGGAGCGUCUCGGAAAAGAGCUUUCGUCAUGA